UUCAGCAAUGCAACACUCGUCUCUCUCUCCAGUUUAUAUUAUUAUUAUAUGCAUCAGCAAAAUGAAUGGCGCUUCUUCCACCUCUUUUUACUUUGGGAAAAAGUCUCUCAUUGCUUCCCGCGUAUCUCUUUACGAUUUCUGCGUACAUUGUCUUAUGCGUGCAAGCUAUACUCUCCAUUUUGCUCUUAACUCUCUUCAUUUAUUCCUCUUUUAGGCUUCUUCAUCUGCCGCAUUACAUUAGAUCAGAUCGAUUUCUCCAGACAAACGCUAAGCCCUAACCAUUGGAUUUAGAAUACAUCUCUCUAAUUUCUGUAACUGGACUUGCUUUCAAUUUCAAGGGUUUGAAACCGCGCUUUUUUUUUUCUAGCUCAAUUGUCAAGAGAUCUAUCAGAUAUUGAUUGACUCAUACCUGUUUGAUAAAUUGCCCCUGAAGAAGCUCUUGCAUCGAUUAAUCCAACCCGAUCCCCAAUAGUUAAGUCAAAGAAUUGAAGCAAAGAAUUGAAGCAAAGAAUUCUGCAAUCUGUCUACUGUUUGUGCGUGUUAAGUGUGUGUGUGUUUUCCAGCAAAGUUCGGUUCUUGUCCGUUCUAGAUUAGGGUUCUUGAGAAAAAUGGGGAGCCACAUGAGCAAGAGCCAGGGAGAAACCUCUGCUGCAAACGACAUCAACAAUCUGCAUUUCGCAACGGAGCUGAAUUCAUACGAGGCCGCGUGCAAGAUCGAUGCUGAUGUACAAGCCUUCGAUGCUGCCCUCCAUUGUCGAACAAACAACGCGAUCAGUGCCCUAGCUGCCGGAGUUGAGGUCAGAGCGAUGUCGUUUGAUUCCCUCCGAGAGGUCACAGCCUGCCUCCUCGACAUGAAUCAAGAAGUGGUGAAGGUGAUCUUGGACUGUAAGAAGGACAUUUGGAAGAAUCAGGAGCUGUUCGAGUUCGUCGAGGAAUACUUUGAGAACAGCCUCAAGAUCCUUGAUUUCUGCACGGCUUUAGAGAAGUGCCUCAAGUCCGCAAGAGACAGGCAGCUGCUUAUCCACAUUGCCCUCCAGCAGUUCGAGGAAGAGGAGGAGGAGGGGAGGUAUACGAAGACGCUGCUCGAGUUGAGGAACUUCAAGGAAGCAGGGGAUCCAUUCACGGAGGAGUUCUUCACGAUCUUCGAGUCUGUCUACAGGCAGCAGAUGGUGAUGCUGGAGAGGCUGCAGUCGAGGAAGAACAAGCUCGACAAGAAGCUCAAGUCCGUCCACGCAUGGAGGAAGGUGUCCACGGUGAUCUUUGCAGCUACAUUUGCUGCUGUGCUGAUCUGCUCGGUGGUGGCUGCUGCCAUGGCUGCCCCGCCUGUGGCAGCUGCCCUAGCAGCGGCCGCCUCUAUCCCGUUGGGUUCAAUGGGAAGAUGGAUGGAUUCUCUGCUCAAGAACUAUCAGAAUGCUUUGAGGGGGCAGAAGGAGAUCGUCAACUGUAUGAAUGUUGGCACCUACAUUGCUAUUAAGGAUUUGGAUAAUAUUCGAGUGUUGGUUGAUAGGUUGGAGAUUGAGAUUGAAUCACUCUUGAAAAUGGCGGAUUUCGCCAUGAAUGAAGAUGCUGUGAAGAUUUGUGUGGAGGAGAUGAGGAAGAAAUUGGUGGUGUUUACAAAGAAUAUUGAGGAAUUGGAAGUGCAGGCUGAUAAGUGUAGCAGGGACAUUCGAAGGGCUAGAACUGUGAUUCUGCAACGGAUUAUCAGACAUCCUAACAAUUGAACAAUGUGAAAAAUGUUGGAUCAUUUGAUUUAUUGAUAUUUAGACAAGGAAUAUUUGGAUGUUAGCCUGACUAAUUGCAUUCGUUAUAAUAGUUUCUGUUGCUAAGACUAUGGCUUUAUGUUGGUUCAAAGUUCAGUCUUUUUCCUCA